AUGAAAGAAGACCUUGAGGAGGCAUCGCCAGCCAAUGGCGCUGAAUCGUCUUGCUCGGCUUCUUCAACAGGGUCGUCGCCAAUUCUAGAGCCCAUCAGGACCAUUGAAACACGCCGCAGCCGCACCCACGACCUUGAUGUCUUUGAGGCUCUGGAGCACGCCCUCACUCCAGAUGUCGAGACAGAGGCAGAGCGUGAGGCUCGCGAACCCAUUACUUAUACCAGAACUGGCACCAGUGUGACCAGCGCUGCCUCUCGCCCCCCAGACUUUGAAGUUUUCUUUGAGGACGGUGAUCCAGACAAUCCCCGGAACUGGUCAAAGGGUUAUCGUGCAUGGAUCAUCGUAUGUGUGUCGUAUUCCACGUGGGUCGUCGUCUUGUAUAGCACAUGUUACACUGCAUCGGUGUCUGGCCUGGCCGAGGAGUUUGGGGCGUCGACGACUGUGACAACGCUUGGUUUGACAACAUAUUUGCUUGGUCUUGCUGCGGGAAGUCUGAUUGUGGCCCCUCUGAGUGAGCUGUACGGUCGACAAAAAGUGUACAUCGUCUGUUUGACUGUAUGGGCUUUGUUUAUCAUGCCAUGUGCUCUGGCAACUUCGUUAACAGAAAUCAUUGUUGUGCGCUUCUUUGGUGCUGUCUUUGGUGCCGCCAUGAUCUCGAAUAGUCCUGGAACUAUCGUCGAUAUCUCGGAUCCAGAUUAUCUGGCUGCAGCCAUGUCCAUGUGGUCCAUCGCGCCUCUGAACGGACCAUCUACUGGCCCAAUCAUUGGGGGGUUUGUGUACCAGUAUCUGGGAUGGCGAUGGGAUAACUGGAUUCCUCUGAUCCUUGGUGGAGUUGGAAUUCUCAUGAUGAUAACAGUCAAGGAGACAUACCAUCCCGCAAUCCUGAAACAAAAGGCUGCACGGUUGCGCAAGGAGAACGAUGACCCGCGGUAUUGGUGUCAGUAUGACCAAAGGGUUUCCACCCGUCAUCUGAUCAAGAUCAACAUGAGUAGACCAUUCACUCUGUUGGCAUCUGAACCUAUUCUGUGGUUUAUGGACAUCUGGAUAUCGCUGAUUUAUGCCAUCCUCUAUCUGUGUUUCGUGGCAUAUCCUAUCGUGUUUUCUCAACACCGUGGAUGGGAUGCAGGCAUGUCAGGGCUGGCCUUUGUGGGCAUCGGCGUCGGAACCAUGCUUGCCAUCUUCGCAGAGCCUCUUUUCCGGCGACUGAUCAACUCUCAGCCUCGAGAUCCAGUAACUGGCAGGCCUCAGCCUGAAGCGACGGCUCUGGUCAUGGCCAUUGGCGCCAUCCUGACACCGAUCGGCCAGCUUGUGUUUUCGUGGACAUGCCUGCCAGCGACCGUUCAUUGGGCUAUUCCGAUCGCUUUCGGCAUCCCUUUCGGUGCAGGUAACACCAUCAGCUUCAUCUAUGGCUCGAACUACCUGGCUGGCGCGUACUCCAUAUACGCUGCCAGUGCCCUCGCGGGAAACGCUGUUAUUCGAAGUAUUGCUGGCGGUGUUCUACCCCUGGCUGGUCCUAAGAUGUACGCCGCCAUGACUCCUCAGUGGGCUGGAACACUUCUGGGCCUCCUGGAGGUAGCUAUGAUUCCGAUUCCGUUUGUUUUCUGGCGAUACGGAGCCAAGAUCAGGGCAAAGAGUCCGGCCAUCAAGGCUCUGAGAGAGGAGCAGGAUCGACUUGAUGCGAAGAGAGCCAAGUAUCAGAAGAAGCUUGAAAGGAAGCAACAACGAGAAGCAGAAAAUGCAAAGACUGAGGAAGCUGGAGUGUUGGAGAAGACGGCAGACAGUUGA